AUGGCCAAACAAAUGACAAUCCAUUCCAUGGAUCAGUUGCCGAUCGUCUCGGCAUUCAAAAUACUCAGACCAGUGAUGAACGACCGACGGCUCAAGACAUCUGUCCGCUUGUUGUGUGUCUUCGGUUACAACGGAUCUGAAGUACUCUUUGCGACCACUGAUGACAAGGUCUACGCUUUCGGUGAUAAUAAAUUCGGACGUCUGGGCGUAGGGGCGGACACGAGUCCCGUAACUGAUCCCACACUCGUCACCGCACUCUGCGGUCAACGGCUGGCGAACGUCUACUACGGGUUCGGGCACUGCAUUGGAGUGACGAGUGAUGGCCGGUGUUAUGGUUGGGGCGAUAAUAGUUACGGACAAUUAGGCGACGGCCGGACCCGUUGCCACUCAAACGCACCGCAACUCAUACCGAUUGCCGGACCAGUAGUGGACGUGUCGUGUGGUAACAGUUUUACUAUAGUGUUGACCCGUGUCGGCCAUAUGUAUGGCUUUGGCCGCAAUCUGAUGGGCCAAUUGGGCGACGGCUCGUUAAUCUCUCGCCUAACGCCUACCCCUCUGGACAUCGACUUUGGCGGUCGAGUGUUAUGGUUAGCCAGCGGUCGGAAUCAUACGGCGGUCGUGACGGACACCGGCCGGGCCUACGUAUGGGGUCUGAAUAUAUGCGGCCAAUUGGGUCACCACAUGGACGGAGACCUGAUCCCCGGCCAACAGAUGCCGGCGUGCGCUACACCAGAACCGGUCAAACGGUUCCGGCAUCGGGUUAGCAAAGCUGUGUGCGGUCCCGACCACACACUCCUACUGACCACCGAUGGACAGGUGUACGCGUUUGGCGAGAAUAAGCACAGGCAGAUCGGCAACGGCUCGACCGACACUCAAUGGACACCGUUUUGUGUGGCCGAUGGGAUCCGUUUCAAAGACAUUUAUGCUAAGAGUGUUCAGGCGUUGUGUAUCGCUGUGUCGGUGGACGACCGGUACUACGUGUGGGGCGGCUCUAAGUUACGCAAACCGCAGCCACAGCCGGAACCGAUGGCCACACAUACGGUGUACGAUAUAUACGCUGUUUAUACAACACUUGAGAUGACAUUUGAGGCCAUUAUCAUUGAUAAUAAGACAUUCCGCGAACCUAUUGGUCAGAAUGUGGUAAAAGAUUUGAUUUGCUUUGAGAACAAAGUCAUCGAUGGUAUCAAUGGUGUAGAUUAUGGCGGAGGAGGUGAUUGUCAGUAUAGUCUCAAUAGCAAUGGUUUCAGCAGUGGAUCAGAUGUGAUGGCAAUUAGCGAAGAGUUGAUUCCUAUGCAUCUCUUUGCGAGACACUUAUCGGACAUGUUUGACAACGAAUGCGAUUACGAUUUUUUGUUUGUAUUUAACGAUAAACGCAUUUAUUGUCACAAAUCUGUGAUUAAAAUACGAAACAAACAGUUUUGGCAAAAAUGUCAGCAAAUGUUGAAUAAAAUUAAUAACAAUUCAAUCGAUAAUGAGAUUCACAUUAAGAGCUAUUCUUACGACUCUUUCUAUCCAUUCCUUCAGUUCUUGUAUGCAAUCAAACCGAAGAUCACUCCCAGAAUCGCUCGCGAAGUCUUAAAGUUGGCCACACUUUAUAGCGAAUCAGUACUUCAUGAAUGUUGCGGACAGACAUUGGGAUCAAGUGAUGAGACAAUUGAUUUAUCAAACAUUUGUAGUUUGUAUGAGAAGUCUAUCACCAAUGGAUGCGUUGAUUUGAAUAUUUACGUAAAGUUUCCCGAUUUGUGUCCACAAACGGUGGUCACCGAAGAUCACCACAAACUAAAGAUCAAAGUAUUGGCUGUUUUCGGUGAUAACGGCGAUGAAGUGAUUGUUGUGACCGCCGAUGACCGGGUCUACGGCUUCGGGACCAACCGUUUCGGUCGAUUGGGUCUCGGAGUGAAUGGUUUGAUCGCAAGACCGCAACUGAACGCCACUCUCACCGGAAAGAAGAUAACGAAGAUAUGCUAUGGUUUGGGACACUGUAUUGGACUGACCCGUAGUGGACAGUGCUAUGGAUGGGGACAUAACGCGAGCGGACAGCUCGGCAUCAGAUCUGUUGAAGACAUGUCAACCCCUCAACCAAUCAAAAUACUUAAUAAAACAUUACUACCCAAACCAGUGACAGAUAUUUCAUGCGGUGAUAAUCACAGUCUUGUGCUGACCAAAGACGGCUUUAUCUACAGCUUUGGGGCCAACGAUCGGCGCCAAUGCGGCCACAAAGAGGGCGAAAUGAUUUGGCGACCGUUUAGAGUCAAAAUUAAAGAUAGAUUUGUGUCCAUUUCUUGCGGUCGCAGCCAUUCAUCGGCUCUGACCGAUACGGGAAUCGCUUACGUCUGGGGCAGUAAUGAUAGCCAACAAUUGGGUCCCAAAGCUGUUGUAGUGCCCGGAAAGACGUAUUGUUGGCCGCAAUUGUUUAAAAUUGGCCACAAUUCCGAUCCCAUAUACGAAACGGUGAUCUGCGGACCCAAUCACACGGUACUGCUGGCGGCGGCCGGUGUUGUCUACCUGUACGGCAGUUACGACUGGAAACCCGAUCCCAAAAGUGACCCAUUAUUGACAAUUUUCCCCAAUAAGUACGUCAAAGCCAUUGACACUACUUAUGACAAUCGGGUAGUGAUUGUGACGGCAAUUGACGGCCAGCUGUUCAUUCUCGGGAAAGCCGACGGUUCCAUCACUUGGACUCUCAUUGAUAUACCGAUCGGUUGUUCACUGUUUGACAUUUACGCCAAAUAUUGUGGUUAUAACCGGACUUUCGCAUCGAUUGUGGAUUUAAUUCAAACAUCGAUGUCAUCGAUGAAGAGCUGUUCCCAAAGCGAUGAAGAAAUCUAUUGGUCUGAAGAAGAAGAGACAGAAGAACGCAAUGAUUUAGUUAUUAAUACAAUCGGUCCACACAUUGACGAUAAGUGCCAGAAAUCGGGUUCUGUAUUACCCGACGGCACGUCAGAUGUUUUGAUAUCGGAAUCAAUUGAUCCUAAAUCGAGCGGUAAUUCAACGAAAUCUAGUUUAUGUCUCAAUGAAUGUGAGGAUAACAUGAAGAAUACGGUAACCGUUGACUCCAAGAACACCGCUUCUUGUGAACUGAAUUUAGUUAAAUCCAGUGUUACUUCGGGAUCCUUUGGCCGCAAGAUUGCCACUAAAAGUGCUUCAAUCGCACCUCGUUUAAGCAUUCAAAGUAUUGAAGCGAUUAAAAAGCAUUUGUUGCCCAACAAGGCAUCGACGAAGAGCUGUUCCAAAACUGUUGAGAUCUAUUCCUCUGAAGAAGGCAAUCAAUGUCACAAAUUGCGGCCAAAUAACUGUUCCGAAAGCGAUGAAGAGAUUUAUUUAUCUGAUUCCGAGUGCGAAGAAUCACACACUACGGGAACCAUUGACUCCAAGAGCACCGAUAGUUGUGAUCCGAUCGUAUCGAAUGGUUAUGAAAAGCAUUCGUUUAAAGCGUUUAACAAUCGAUUGGAUUAUGAUUUAAGAUUUAUUGUCGAAAAUCAGUUCAUAUAUUGUCACAAAUCUGUUCUUAAGAUUAGAAACAAAGAGUUUUGGGAAAUAUGUGAACAAAAUAUGUUUACCGAACGGGAGAUCGAAAUCAAUGCCUAUUCUUAUGACACAAUUAAAGCGUUUCUUAUGUUUUUGUAUGGAUUGAGACCCGAAGUGAAUGACCAGAACUGUACGGAACUCUUAGGUUUGGCUGAAGAUUACGGCGAACACAGACUCCAAGAUAUUUGUCGAAACUCUAGAAAUGUUAAUAAAAUUUAA